GCCUUAAUCUUAACUAUUUUUGUGAAAUGUGUAAUGAACAAAAGCAACAGACCGUCAAGUUUAAAAAAAAAUAUUGUUUUAGCCGAUCCGAGCUUGCUCGCGAACAGACGAUUACUAAUCAGCAAUAACUGUUAUCAGCUCAGUUUUUUGUGGCUUCCUUUUUUCAUAAACAAACAAAUACGAGUAAUAAAUUUACAUAAACACAUAAAUUUAUUCGUAAUUACUUUGUUAACUCAGUUAUCUUCGUAUUAUAUAAGUAUACUUAUAAAAAGUAUAACAAUGUCCUGAAGAUUAAUUGAAAAUAAUCCAUUUAAUUGUAAAUACUACGGAAGUUCAUAUAAUUUUUGAUAAUUGGUUAUAAGAACAAAAUAUUCUUAUAUCUUUAUGUAAUGCUAACAUUGAACCAGUUGUGAUAUCGUAGCGUACAGAUAAAAUGCGUAGGCAUUGUCUAUUAUUUCCGUACAAAUCAAGGAUAUAAUGAUCAUUAUUGUAUUAAAAAUCAUUGACUAAUUGGUUUAAUUUCUUAGUUAAUAUGCAAAUAAUCCCUAAAUAAUUUAAAAUAUCGAAAAGUGUUUCCUAUAAAGUAUUUCCCCGAUUCCUUAAAAGAUUUCAUUAGAUAAAAUCUAAUAAAGUUGUCAAAUUAAGUAUAAAACUGUACUAGUAGCCUUGAAUUUUAUCCAUUUCCCGGUGUUUCUAAAUAUAGUUGUCAAUGACUAAUUAAAUAAAUUACUUUCUAAUUAUUAAUAUGCAUUCAUCAUUAGAAUAAUACUAGUGUAACAUUAAAAAAUGAAUAAAUCAUUGAACAAACGCUGGAUCACGGGAGUAAUUUUGUAUUUAUUUGUGAACAUAAAUGAAGUGAAUGGAAAAGAAGGAUUUGGUCCUGGUGAACAAGAUUGGGGAUAUGUACAAGUCAGGCCGGGUGCUCAUAUGUUUUGGUGGCUCUAUUACGUUAAUCCUCCAGUCAAAUCACCGGAUUUUGACGUUUUUUCCAGACCGCUUUUGAUUUGGUUACAAGGACAUCCGGGAGCUUCUGCUACUGGUUUUGGAAAUUUCGGAGAAGUUGGACCGUUCGAUAUAAACUUACAAGAACGUAAUCACACGUGGAUUAAUGACUUCAAUGUUUUAUUUAUUGACAACUUAGAAACUGGUUUCAGUUAUCUAGAAAAUUUAUCAAAUUAUUCGGAGAACGGUAAAGGAACAGCUCAAGAACUUAUAGAAUUAAUGCGGGGAUUUUUUGAAGCCAUUCCUGAAUUUAAAAAUAUUCCUACUUAUAUUCUUGGGGAAUUUUAUAGCGGAAAAGUAGCCGUCGAAACAGCUUUUCUUUGGUACAAAAUUCAAGAACGCGGUGAUAUCGAGAGUAAUCUCAAAGGAGUAGCGACCGGAGAUUCAUUAAUUUCACCUGCAGAUACAGUACUUUCCUAUGCACCUUUUCUAUUAAAUACCGGUUUAGUAGAUCCUUUGGGUUUUGAAAAAUUAAAAAUAGUCUCUGACAAAAUAAUAGAUGAAAUGAAUGCUGGUAACUGGAACAAUGCAAUAAAUCUUUGGGACUACGCUUUAAAAAUGGCUUCCACCUACACCGGAAAAAUAAAUUUCAAAAGAUUCUUGAAACAAAAAGCUGUAAUAAAUACACUACUCUACUACAUAUCACAUGAAAAAUUACUAAGCGACUCAGAGGUUCAUAAAAAAGUGACGAUUAUUAUGAAUGGCAUCAAAGAGAGUUUGAAUCUUAAUGUUACGUGGUCUUACACACCACUUGCUGCCAUUGAUUUUCCUAAAGAUUUCACAAAACCAAUUAACAAAAUCGUGGAACGAUUACUCGACGAAACGAAUUUACGAGUUGUCGUAUGGUCGGGGAAAUUGAAUUCUAUUGCGGUGACACCUGGGACACUUGUUUGGGUGGAAAAACUCCAAUGGAAAUACUCGAAAGCUUGGAGGAAUUCAAAGACAAACCCAUUAGUCAUUGAUAAUAUUAUUGAAGGCUACUAUAAAGAGUUUAAUAACUUCAAAAUAUUUUUUAUCAAACACAUUAGUCACACGGUGUUUCAAGAAAAUUUUAAAGCAAUGGAAGCAAUACUUCAAGGUUUGAUAUCUGAUAAAUAAACGUUUAAUACGUAAAGAUAAUUUAAAGUAUCGUCAAUUUGAAUUUCAAGAAUACAUGACUUAUCAAUUUAGAUUUU